AAGCUCCGUGUCUGGCCUCCCGUGUGGCUGCUGUUGGUACUGCGCUGCCGGCGCCGCGCCCUGCCUCGGCUUUCCGCUCUCCAUCCCGCCUCGUUUGGGAGCUGGUCGCAAGAGGGGGUGAAAAAUUGCCGCCGCCCGCGCAGAAGUCUUGAUCCUGUUUGGUUUUGCUGGCUAGAAAUUAUCAUCUUGUUUUCGUGGUUUUUUUUUCUAUACCUAUACAUAUUUAUACCUUAUUACAAGGACAUUAAAGUGAAAAGAUGUCUCAGGAUCCAAACAUACCAAAUGUAACUGAGGGAAAAUCAGAUGUGUCACAAGAUAAUCAACAGGACCAGGUGGACAAUGCAGAGCAGGUUGUCCGAAAGAAGAUUCGACAGAACACACCAAGUCCUAGUAGAAGCAACAUACCUGAGGCUAGCCCUGCUCAGUUUGUGUCAGUGGAGGAACUGAUGGAUACAGCAAAAGGUGUUACAAACAUGGCCUUGGCCCAUGAGAUUGUUGUCAAUGGAGGUUUUCAGAUUAAGCCGGUUGACUUGCCAGCAAACAGUCUUGAAAAAAGAGUAAGAGAUAUUGUCCACAAAGCUUUUUGGGAUUGCUUGGAAGCACAGUUAAAAGAAAGCCCACCUUCAUAUGAUCACGCAAUUAAACUGGUAGGAGAAAUUAAAGAGGCUCUCUUGUCUUUUUUGCUGCCUGGCCAUACUCGAUUAAGAAAUCAGAUUACCGAAGCUCUUGAUCUGGAUCUGAUAAAACAGGAAGCUGAGAAUGGUGCCCUUGACAUUUCUAAGCUGGCAGAAUUCAUCAUUGGAAUGAUGGGGACACUCUGUGCUCCAGCGAGAGAUGAAGAAAUUCAGAAGUUGAAAGACAUUCGUGAAAUUGUUCCCCUGUUCAGAGCAAUUUUCUCUGUGUUGGAUUUGAUGAAAAUGGACAUGGCUAAUUUUGCUGUCAGUAGCAUUAGGCCACAUUUAAUGCAACAGUCAGUAGAAUAUGAAAGAAAGAAGUUUCAGGAACUGUAUGAAAAACAGCCAAAUUCCUUAGAUUUUGUGACUAAAUGGCUGCAAGAAGCCAUGGUUGAUCUACAAUCCAAAGUUGCCUGUGCUAGUAAUAAUGAUGCUGCCUUUGCAGUUCCGGCACUGAGUCCUGUUGCUGUACAAAAUCAUGCAUAUAUCCAACUACUCAAAUGGAACCAUCUGCAGAAACCUUUCCCAGAAACUGUGUUAAUGGACCAAAGCCGUUUCCAGGAAAUGCAGCUGGAGUUGGACCAGCUCAUUCUAAUUGGUGCUAUUCUUCUGGUUACAUUCAAUGCAUCAGGCUCAGCUCUUUCUGAUUUGCCAGCUUUUACCAACAAACUCAAAAUGGCUAUCCAAGUAUUGCUGACAGGGCUACACCUUCCUUCCUUCAACUUGGAUGAAACUUUGGCUGUCAUAAGUGAAAAGAUUUGUGCUGAAGUUAACAGUUGCCUUUCCCAGCAUGGCUUUACACCAUUUACAUCUGAAAAAGUGAUUGUGCUUAAAGGACAAAUCCAGGCUCUUGCCAAUGCUGAUAACGCUGUAUGCAAAUUGAUAGAUUCAAGGAUCCAGUUGUUUUUAGAGAAUUACCUUGCUUGUGGUCAUCAGAAAUCACUUCCUCCUGUGCUUGGUGGAUUGGGCCCUAUUCAGAGAGAGCUGGAGGAGAUUGCUAUCAAGUAUAUUCGUCUUGUUGACUACAACAAGCUGGUUUUCAGUCCUUAUUAUGAUGAAAUUCUCAGCAAAAUAUUGAAUAAAGAAUUUCCUGAGCUGUGAAGAAAAUGGAAAAAAAAUGCCAGAUCCGUUUGUAUGCAGUCCUUCAGUAAUAGGGCUUCAGUCCAGGGCCAGAAGACUGUUUUAGUUUGCUUUUACUCUUUUUUUGUAAAAGAGGGCUGAAAAAUGAAAGCUUCCUUUAGAAGCCAGUUGUUCGUUUAGGAUCCCUACAAUCGGUCCUGCCAUCCUCUGUACCCUUCUGGAUCACCUUUCCCUACACAGCCCACUGCUAUUCAGACUUCUCUCUGAACCAUUACCUGGGGAAGAUACAUUUAUGCAUUUAGGGUAAAAUGCAGUAUCUCAAGAAUUGUGCUGAUCAUACUCCAAUUAGACUUUUUACAGAAGUCCCCAGCAUGGUUGGCUUGCAUCACCGCAUUCCACUUGUUCCUUUCAGACAGUAGCUUAGGAGUACAUAUAAAUUCAGGAAUCAAGUGAUUUGCUGUAUUCUUGUCAAAGCAGAAUCAUACCUGGAAAAAAAUUGUGAUUCUAUGCUUAGAUAUUAUUGCUGGCUUACUGUAAUUACCUUUCCUCUAUUGAAAAAACAUUGAAAUGUUUAAAGAAACAGCUUUCCAAACACGUUUCCAAAUAAUUCAAUAGCAGUGAUCAAAUAUUAUCUAAAAUAUACAUAAAAUAUUUUGGCUUAGUAUAUAACUUUAUUAGCCAUAAUGGCCCUUGGCAACAUAUAAGGAUAAUUAUGAAAACCAUCCUGUUUGCAU